AUGGAGUACCGCUCUAUCUUGCGAAACGAGUAUAUAGGAGAGCGAAACGUGGUAGUGCAGAAGAGAUAUGCGAUAUCAGUCGUACCUGCAGGGAGAAAGGAGAAUGAAGAACGGAUUUCAGGUAGCUGUGGAAGCUGCUGGGCAUUUUCGACCACUGGAAACAUUGAAGGUCAGUGGUUCCUGGCUAAAAACAAGCUGGUGUCGCUCUCAGAACAGGAACUUGUCGACUGUGAUAUCAUCGAUCAGGGAUGUAACGGUGGACUCCCUAGUCAGGCUUACAAAGAAAUUAUUCGGAUGGGUGGAUUGGAACCAGAAGACGCAUAUCCAUACGAUGGCAAGGGAGAGAAAUGUCACAUUGUUCGCUCUGAGAUCGCUGUGUAUAUCAACGACUCAGUAGGAGCUGCCACAUGA